AUGAUGUCCGACAUUAAAUUCCUCGAUCCAAAGACUCCGGUGGCCAUCAAAGUGCAAGCCGCCAUUAAACAAGGAGACUCAGAUACCCUACAGGAGCUGCUCGACGGGCAGCCAGGUCUGGCAACGAUCCGCAUCGGCGACGCCACCGAAGCACGCUCUUUAUUGCACAUCGCGACAGACUGGCCCGGCCAAACCCCCAAUGGGCCCAAGAUUAUCAAAAUACUCGUGGACGCUGGCGGGGAUGUUAACGCAACAUUCGUUGGCAAGCAUACCGAGACGCCUCUACAUUGGGCGGCGAGCAAUGAUGAUGUGUUAGCCCUCGACAUGCUGCUUGAUCUUGGUGCAAACAUUGAGGCCGAGGGUGGAGUGAUUGGCGAUGGAACACCAUUAGCCGAUGCGAGGGCCUUUCUUCAAUUGAAUACUGCUAGAAGGCUCGUGGAGCGUGGUGCUCAUGUUGAUCUACAGGAUGCUGCCACCUUGGGGCUCAUGGAUCAUCUCGAGAAGGAAUUUGUAGCACAACCUGGACCGCAGCAGGAAACGGUAAACAUGGCAUUCUGGAACGCUUGCCAUGGCGGCCAACUUCUUGCAGCAAAGUUUCUUCAUCAAGAGGGAGCCGAUGUGAAUUACAUUCCCCCGUGGGCCGACAACACGCCACUGGCUGAAGCGAAAAGCGCAGGAUACGAGGGACUCCUCUCAUGGCUCAAUAGUAUUGAUGUUCAAGCUUGA